ACACAUUAAAUUACCAGCCAUCUCCGACUCGACUCGUUUUCUCAAGACUUCAAAUUUGAUCCUUCUAUUACAGUUCUUCUUUUCUAAAGUCUGAUUAAAUAUUCGAAGACGAUGAGCACCAACAUAUCGGAGGCGCACGGCUCUAAUCCGCCGUUUAGCGGAUACGCCUAUUACUCCAUCGGACUAUCCAUCGGGAUUCUCACUCUCUUCGCGUUCAUUACCGUAGUCUUGUACUUCUGCUCUCGCAGAAUCGCCAUGAACCCUUCACAACUGUCACAGGUUAGAAACUCAAGCUUUGGUUUACAGACCAUUAGCGUCGUAGAUCCUCCGCCUCAGUUAGGUGUGGAUGACGCGACCUUGAAGAGUUAUCCGGUGCUGUUAUACUCGGAGGUGAAGCGCGAUCGGAAAGGCGGUGCCGCUGGUGAUUCUGCGGCAACUUGUUCGAUAUGCUUGGGCGAUUUCAGUGACAGUGAGUGGUUGAGGGAGUUGCCGGAUUGCCGUCACUUGUUUCACCAGAAGUGCAUCGAUUUGUGGCUGAGGAUGAACUCUUCGUGUCCGCUGUGCCGGACCUCGCCGCUUCCAACGCCGGUUUCAACUCCGCUUGCUGAAGUUGCUCCCUUGGCAAGAUCAAGGGAUUGAGUUUGUAAAUUAAAUGUUUUUCCUCCCUUGUCUCAUGUCACUUAGACUAAUCUGAUCAGCACAGCACUUGCCACCAUAUAUUUUUAAAGGCAUAUGUUUUAUUGAGAAUUUAAUCAUUGCCACAUAUCAAGAUCUCAAACUCAAUUUUUAGUUGAGUUGGAUCGAUUAUCUACCUAGUUAAUCUAAGUGCCAUAGGUGCUCCAA